UGAGGUGUGCGGGACUAGUCUAUAACAAAAGGAAAAGAGAGGCGUCGCUCGGACAUAGCAGCCCUGUUAGUGAUGUUUUUUUACGUGUACCAUAGGCCAAAACGCCUGGAGUUUUUAAAACCUAAAAUUUUAGCAGACGACUGCAAAGACUCCUUUCCUUUUGCUUGAAAGUGUGUUGCUGUGCUGUAACCUACAUAGCUACUAUAUGUUCAAUGAAGCAACUUGACACUUGUAUUUUUUUUAUCGGAAAUUUCACAUUAAGAGCUCAAGUGUUGUAGCCUACACAUCUAUUGGUGUGUUAGCAUGCAUUUUUUGUCACUUUGUGUCUUGUUUUGGUACGUAUUUCUUUUAUCAUAGAUCUACAUCGACAAACGCUGUUUAUUACAAAACGUUUUUUUUUUAGGCAGAGUGCAUGUCUUACACUUGAAGUAUUGCUACAAGUAUAACUGUUAGCUUGAACUGUCUCAAGCGCAUGUCUUACAUUGACAUAGAAGUUUCUUUAUGUGGUCUACGUAUGCAAAAAGACUUCUAAAGCUGCUCGCCAGGCCUGACAGAUCCUAUGAACCAUAAUAUAGAUUUUCCUUUUCAAUGUCGAAUUCAAAACCUUGUACACCUAGGAGCUCUUUGGGUGGAAAUGAUCAUACUCCAACAGCGACAUGGUGGAAGCUAGUGUGUACACGUUUACCUCCAGAGCUGAGAAAAAAGAUCGUGAUGAGCUUCAUGAAACGUUUUGCCCGAGGAUUUUGUGGUGGCAUCGUCUUGUACUCCUUUGUCAGAAUUAUCACAGCCCUUCUGAAAAAUCCAUUCCGUGAAAGUCUACCAAAAAUUGUUGAUGGCAUUUUAUCCACUGACUCUGUGAAGGUGGCCACAUUUUUAGGUUUGUAUCCAAGUCUUUACCAUCUGCUGGUGGAACUAUUGACAGCUGUUAGAAGGAACAACGAUGGAUGGACAUAUGGGGCUGCAGGAGGACUUGCGGGUUUGUCUGCUGCAGUACUUAACAAAUCAAACAGGCAGACUUUAGCAUUUUUUACUUUGGCCAGAGCUCUUGGGGCUAUUGUUUCUACAUUAGUGACACGAGGGGUUUUGGUUGCUAUACCAUUUUUUGAAGUAGCCAUUUUUUCUUUAUGCACAAGCAUCAUCCUAUACUGUGUUGCAUUAAAGCCAGAUUUUCUCAACCCUGGAUACUAUAAAUCAAUUCUGAAAUGGUCACGAGAUUAUACUGAUGAAAAUUUAAGCAUACUUUUCAGGAUGCCUGCUAAACACUUUCUAACAUGUCAAGAUGUUGGACUUCAUCAAGGAAACUGUACUCAACAUAGAUUGAAUGAUCUUAUCAAAUCUCUACCAGGGUUUGCCAAGCUUUACCUGCCAAUUCAUAUGACACCUGUCAUUGUAUUUAAGAGAAAGGUUCUGUUUGAAAGGCCAUUUUUUGUGUUUAAGUCAUUGGUAAAAAAUUUGGUCUUGUCAACAUCAUUUCUGGGUCUAAUGGUGACUUUGGCCAAGUUAACAAUCUGCCUACUUCGGAAUUAUUCACACCAACCACCUCCUCUUGCAGCACAUAUUCCUAUGCUUGCUGGUGCAAUAUGUGGAUUAGCUUUGCUGCUUGAACAUGAUAAAAGAAGAAAAGAACUGUGUUUGUUUGUCAUUCCCCACACCAUCAACAUUCUCUACAUAGCUAUCAGCAGAUCCAGUUUCAGAUUCCUCUUCAAAGUACCAAAUGGUUUUACCUUCUUAUUUGCUCUCUCCAUGAUGUCCAUUAUGCAUUCCUACGAACGUGAGCCAGAAUCUUUAACAUUACUGAUUAAUGGUCUCUUGAAAAUUUUUGUUGGACCAAGAAAAAAUAUACAGAAAAGGGGAAAGUAACAAAGUAAAUCAAUCAUUUCUGCUAAGAGGUUUAAUCUUUGUACUUGAAGACAAAGGCUAAUGAUAUUUUAUGAUGGGGCAUAUUAUGUUAUGCUUGAACAAAAUGUCACAGACCUGCAAAGUUGUCAUGAUCCAUCCAUAAAAUACAUCUUGCUUACUCUUGCUUAACUGUCAUAAUUUUAUCAAAUUAAUACUUCUAAAUUUGGUAUAAAUUUGUUUAAUUGUUCAUUAAUUUUUUUUAAAAAAAGGAAAAGGUUUUAAGAAGCUUUUUCAUCAGUUUGAAUAAGAUUUGUAUAUAAAACCAGUGACUUGGCAGAAUUUAAGGCAUUAAUUAACAUACAUAUGCAUGACAUGUAAGAUGUAAUCAUUUUCUUUUUGAAGUAACAUCUGUAUUAUACAAGAUAAGAUAAUAUUAUGUAUACAUGUAGACAUCAGUUUAAAUAUAUAUUCAUAGAGUUAAAUUUUUGUAGUACAAUGUAGGUUUGAUUAUUUAUUUAAGGAUAUUUUUAUUUAAUCUUUAUGAUUAUUGUUUGUUGCUAGUUUUGUAAGUAUUUUACAAAGCUUAUAUCAAAUUCACCCUGUGUGGUCUGUACAUCUUAUUUCUCCGACACCCAUUCUCAAAUCAAGUUGAAACUUUGGACAAUUACUCAUUGGCAUAGACAAAGACAUAAGUCAAUAAAAAAUUAAUUAGUCUAUUCAUUAAAAGUAAGUAAAGUUUACCUUUCAGACCUUGCGAUCUAUAGGGCAGAUGAUGUAAAGAUCAUCUGUUUCUGUGGCCCAUGGUUAACAAGGGUGUCAUGUUGCCAGCACAACAACCAACGGCCUUUACUUUUUCCCAACUAAUGUCAGGUAUGCAUUAGAGCUGGCUGGACUCAGGAGCGCCCAAAGAUCCCAGACUUUGGCAGGAUUUGAACCCAGGACCUCAGUUCAGAAAUCAAACGCUUUACCGCUCAGCCACAGCGCCUCCAGUCUAUUAAUUACUGAUCAUUAAUUGUUUUGUUUGAUACCUACAAUGGAAAUUAAUCCUCCAGUAUUCACAGAUAUGGUUAAAUAUGUUGGGUUUUGUCACCUUAAAUAAUUGUACACAUUAUUUUUCCCAAACCAUGUCUCAGAUCAAGUUGAAACUUUAGAAAAAUUAUUCAGUGUACUAACAAAACAUGAAUCAAUAAAAAAAAUUAACCAACUAGUUUAUAAAUUAUUGGUAACUAAAUAUUUUGUUUAUUAUCAAAAAGGGAAAAACUUUUACAUUAUUGAGAGAUGUAAUUGUGGAGAUAAGCUUGUUUUUUUGUUUAAAAGGAUUUUUUUAACUGUAUUAAUUGACAUCAAGUCUGUUACUGUUUUCUCUAGACUUGAGCAACAUGGGCAGUUGGCUUGGAACCUAAUGUUCCUCUGGCAAUAUUAGAAUUAUUAUAAGUUGUAUAAGGCCAGCUAUUACAGGGCUUCCACUCACUGUAUGUCAUUGUAGUUGUGCUAAUAAAAUAAUAAUAAUAAAAUAAUUUUACUGAAUCAUUUUUUUAAACCUACAUUUGUUUUCAAUGAUUGAAAGAAAUGUAAAUACUUUUGACCUUUUAGGUCUACUGCCAUGUUUAUUUUUUAAACUUUCAUUUAUUAGAACAUCACAGCAUUAAUUUCAGAAUCAAAUUAUUGAUUAUAUAAAUAUAUACAUGUCCACAAAAUAAACCAUUUUGCCUAUUUAUUUCAAUGUUUUAUACUUUUAGUUUUACACUGCUUAAUUAAAUAUAAGAAAAAUGUAUGUACAAUUCAUCUAAUAGAGAAAUAAGAUUACUACACUAAUUAACUUUUAUUUUCUCAAUUUUUUUCUUUAUUUAAUCUUUUAAAUUUUAUGAUAGCCAAUGUCAUUAUGUUUUUUGGCUGUCUGUUUGUUCAUGUUUAAAUCUAAAAAAAUGUUAUGUGGUUAUGUGUUCAAAUGAGAUGCAACAGCUACUUUGUUUUUAAAAAUUUUUAAGGUAAAUAUUUUAUACAAAUAGACCACAUUUAACACAAGAUUUAUACAUUUUGACUAGCUACUAGCUAUAGAGAUCAAAGGAUUGUGAUGGAAGGGAAAUGAUCAUAUGGCUUUGUCUUGCAAUAUGUAUAUAGUUUUUUUUUUAUUUAUUAAAAAAAUAAAAUAAUUUUGAGUGUUAUGUUUGUUUGUAAGCACAAGUUAUUUAUGGUCUUUCAAACGCAUGCACCUUUGAUUUAAAAAACAAAGUAUGCAUAUUCUAUGCACCAAGAUUUCCAAAUAUAAAGACAAGAUUUAAAGGCAAUCAAUGUUCAUAAAACAUAUGUGUGUGGUAUGUUAGGUACAACAUACUCUCAAAGUACAACUGACCCAGAGAGGCUACUCAAAAAUGUAACACAAAUUCCCUUUGUUAUUUUGCUUUUUGUAAAGAAAUGUUUAGAGAUCAAUUUGUGUUUUACAUGUUUUUUAUUUUCUUUAAAAUAUUUUCAGUAAAAUUUCCUGUUGAUA